AGGGAUGUUGUGGAAACACAAGAGCAUUGUAAGAGCAGAUGGCGAUCCAUCUGGAUUAUGUAUCUUACUAUGUUUCUCAGUAGUGUAGGUUUCUCAAUUGUAAUUAUGUCUGUGUGGCCAUAUCUGCAAAAGAUUGAUCCGACAGCAGAUGCGAGUUUCCUGGGCUGGAUUAUAGCUUCAUAUAGCAUUGGCCAAAUGGUUGCCUCUCCCCUCUUUGGCUUGUGGUCCAAUUACAGGCCAAGGAGAGAACCUCUCGUUGUUUCAACUGCUAUUUCCGUAGCUGCUAAUUGUCUUUAUGCCUAUGUCCAUGUACCUCAUUCAUACAACAAAUACUACAUGCUGACUGCACGUGCUCUUGUGGGAUUUGGAGCAGGAAAUGUAGCUGUAGUUCGAUCGUAUAUUGCGGGUGCCACUUCUCUUACAGAAAGAACAAGUGCCAUGGCCAAUACCAGUGCCUGCCAAGCAGUUGGCUUCAUAUUAGGACCAGUUUUUCAGACAUGUUUUACACUUAUUGGAGAAGAAGGAAUAACGUGGAAACUAGUUCAUCUUCAGCUGAACAUGUAUACAGCACCGGUUUUAUUUGGAGCUCUCUUAGGAGUUAUUAAUAUUGUUCUCAUCUUUGCCAUAUUCAGAGAGCAUCGAGUGGAUGACAUGGGACGGCAAUGCAAAAGUAUAAAUUCUGAAGGAGAAGAAAGUGGUGUUCUGGAUGAGAACGCAGAAGGAAACAUUGACCACGUUGCUGUGGUAGCAAUCAAUUUUCUUUUCUUUGUCAUCUUGUUUGUAUUUGCUGUCUAUGAAACUAUAGCUACUCCAUUGACGAUGGAUAUGUAUUCCUGGACCAGGAAAGAAGCUGUUUUUUAUAAUGGAAUAAUCCUUAGUGUGGUUGGCAUUGAAUCGGUUAUUGUUUUCAUGGUGGUCAAAACGCUAUCUAAAAAGACUGGUGAGCGUGCCAUACUCCACGGAGGCUUAAUGAUUGUCUUGGUUGGAUUCUUUAUCUUACUGCCUUGGGGGAAAAAACUACCAAAUAUCCAGUGGCAAGAAAUAAAGAAUAACUCCAUUCCCAGAACAACUUCCAUUGAGAUGUUAAUGCCUUUCUGGAGUUUGCAAGAAAUGCAGCUUCCAUCCAAUCACACAGCAGAACCUGUAGGCUGUCCCGUCACUCAGUCCUGGUGCCUGAAUACUCCUAUCAUCUAUCUGGCCCAGUAUAUCAGCUCUGACAUACUCAUAGGAUUGGGCUAUCCAGUUUGUAAUGUCAUGUCCUACACUUUAUACUCAAAAAUUCUAGGGCCAAAGCCUCAGGGUGUCUACAUGGGAUGGUUAACUGCCUCUGGAAGUGGAGCACGAAUACUUGGGCCUGUUUUUGUGAGCCAAAUAUACACUCACCUGGGACCACGCUGGGCAUUUAGCUUAAUCUGUGGAGUAGUUGUAGUGUCUCUCUUACUCUUGGAGAUAGUAUACAAGAGACUUAUUGCAUUUUCUGUCAGAUAUGGAAGGAUGCAUGAAGAGAACUGUUAAAUAUUUAAGAAUAUUUUUAAAAAACCCAACCAGAAAUAAUAGUUUAUUACUAUUUUUUAAUGAGGAGUGCCUAACCACUGACCUUGUUGG